AACAAAACAAAGAAAAGCGAUUGUGUGAAUUAAAUGAAGGCUAUUAUGACAACGCAUGUUCACCCUUCUUUUACUCUAGUGCCCUCCGCCCCCAAUUCUGUGGACAGCCACAAAAACACCAUGAAAGAUACUGACAUCAAGACACUGCUAUAUGCUCAUUUUCUAUGCAUAUUUUCAGUUAUUCUGAGUGUCCUUAUUCCAUCAUUCUUUGUGGAGGAUUUCUCAAUACUGGACACACACUUGACGUGGUUGUGCUUCUGUUCUCUUUUUGUAACUUCAAUCAAUCUUGUAUUAUAUUUAGUACCAAAGCCAAAUUCAUCCUCUAAAAGAAGUUCAUUAUCACAUAAGGUAACCAGAUUUUUGAAAUGCUGUGUCUACUUUCUUGUGUCUUGUUUCUCUUUUCAUGUGAUUUUUGUUCUAUAUGGAGCACCACUAUUUGAGUUGGUGUUGGAAACAUUUUUAUUUGCAGUUAUUUUGUCUACUUUUACUACUGUGCCUUGUUUAUGUUUGUUAGGACCAAACCUCAAAGCGUGGCUAAGAGUUUUCAGUAAAAAUGGACUGUUUUCCAGAGUGGCUGCACCUUUGCUACACCAGUAUUUGAGAGUUCUGGUUCCUCGUCUUCCUCAACAUUAUCUGACUUUUGGAUUUUCACUAUCUUCAUGGGUGUGAAGUUUCAUCUCAUUGUGUUGUUUAUGUGCAUUCCCUGCUGACUAAUAUAAAAAAAUUUUUUAAUGUACUCAUUGGCCAUUGUAUAUUUUCAUUGGAUAAAUGUCUCUCUCUAUGUUCUUUGCAUGUUUUUUAAUUGGGCUAUUUCUUUUUAUUAUUGAGUUAUAGGAAUUUUUUAUAUAUGGUAGCUGUAACUCCUUUAUCAGAUACAUGAUUUGCAAAUAUUUUCACUUCCUUUUUUUGGGGUAGUAGAGAUCGAACUUAGG